AUGGCGGCAUAUGCGGGUCCCAGCUCCUCAAGAUCGCCAGCGCUAGGUAUCAAUAGCCACGCAUAUGCGAGUGCAUCCUCCGCCAUCCGAGCAACGAAUGGUCUGCCCGCACCUGGCCAGUCCACGGCCACCCACGACCCUACUGCAAGGGGUCCAUCUGAACCACGAUUACAGGUUCCAGGCGCAUCCCGACCCGUCACUACAGCAGCUACACUGAUGAGGGAAGGCACGCGAGAUUUCACUGUGAUCAGAGACGUGGGAGAUGGGUCCUUUGGAACUGUGUGUCUGGCGGAUUGGCACUCGCCCUUGCCGUCAGGGACUCUGCUCAGUCCGAUGCAGCAUCCAACCACAAGACCGGAAUACGUCGGGAAAAGACUCGUCGCUAUCAAGAAGAUGAAGAAGCAGUUCAAGAGUUGGGAAGAGUGCAUGACGCUGAAAGAGUUAAAGGUAGGUGACUGGCAGACAAGGGGCGCAUAUGGGCGGGAUAGGGGGACCACUGAGGCGGGGUCUUCAGACACGGCUGCUACGCGAGGCGUUUUGGGUCGAGCCCUUGCACCUCUUGAUCUCCUUCUGACAGCGCUUGCUGACGCGUGUUACCCAUCUCCAACAGUCUCUGCUUGAGAUCACGGCUCAUCCCAACAUCAUCCCACUGUACGAUGCUUUCCUGAUGCCGGUGACCAAGGAGCUACACUUCGUGUUCGAGUGCAUGGAGGGUAAUUUGUACCAGCUCAUCAAAUCGCGCAAAGGCCGCCCUUUGGCUGGAGGCUUGCUGGCGUCAAUCUUUCAACAAAUUAUUCGAGGGCUGCAUCACAUUCAUGAGAGCGGCUACUUCCAUCGCGAUAUGAAGCCAGAGAAUCUCCUCAUCACGACUACCGGUCUCACCGACUAUCCGUCAGUCAACGUGUUGGAUCCUGUUCUCUCGAAGUCUCGACAACAGCCCGACAAGGAUGUUGUGGUGAUCGUGAAGCUGGCAGAUUUUGGUCUUGCACGAGAGACAGCGAGCAAGCCGCCAUACACGGAAUACGUCUCCACACGAUGGUACCGGGCACCCGAAGUGCUGCUGCGCUCCCGCGACUACUCCAACCCCGUCGACAUGUGGGCUUUGGGGACGAUCCUUUCGGAACUGAUCACUCUCAAGCCACUCUUUCCGGGGCAAAGUGAAGUGGACCAGGUGAUGCAGAUCAAUCAUGUCUUGGGUGAUCCUUCGGCGGACUAUGGCAAGGACAGCCGUGGACGCGUGCGCGGUGGUGGCGAUUGGCCUGGGGGAAUAGAGAUGGCCCGGCAGGUUGGCUUCACUUUCCCAAAGGUGAGUAUUGUUCCUUCAUUUCCUCGCAUUCGGCGGACGCAGUCGAGACCGGCUACUGUGGUGGCACCGCUAGGCUUUUGCGAUCCACAGGAAAAUGUUGACCUUGGACUCAUUGAUUUCUUAGGCAAAACCUUUUAAUUUCGCUGCUCUCUUCAAGUCGAAUGUGCCCCUGCUGCUCAUUGAAUGCGUGCAGGACUUGAUCAGAUACGACCCCGACGCCCGCUUGACUACACGUCAGUGCAUGCAGCAUCCUUACUACACGCAAGUCGCGCCGCGUUUGCUACCUCCCCAAGCUCGAGCUCCUGCAUCACAGCCGACGCCAUCGCAGAGAGUGCCGCAAGCGCAGCCUCCACCGUUCCCGGCAGAUCGCAUGGCUGUUGACCCUGGAUCUCCACAGCGCGUCCUUUCGCCCUCUCACUCAAACCAGCCGCAAUCCAGCAAGCUAGCGUUUGGAGCGAAUUCUGGCGCACCAGAAUUACCUAGCAAAGCGCAGGCAGCCAGGGGAAUGCCCGGUGCGCCGUCUGCAGAGCACCGCGUGCCCUUCUAUCCUCAGGCACAGCAUACAAUGCAAGACAUGAUAGCUGAGGCUCGCUCAGGACCCGUCAGCCAGACAGCGACUUCGCCCUACUCAGAACAAGGGCCUGGAGAUAUGACUCAGUGGGCGCCAGUGGCUGGCCCAUCGGUUCGCGACUCGUCCAUGUCACAAUAUCCCGCUUUUCCGGAGUCUGCAUCGAUCUAUUCGGGAAGUCACGCCUCGAUGCAUUUGGACGACUCGCUAUCGCGACAGCGCAUGCAUGCGCCUCCUAUCGAGCUCGGUGGUCGCGGACCGCAACAAGCGCGAGGGAUGGUCGCAUCUAGCAGUCAGAGAACGGUCUAUGACGACUCUUUGUCGCUUUCAUUGGAGCAAGAAGAUCGUCGAAGGCAGGCCGCGGCUGCGGCUGCAGCUGCAGCUGGAAUUAGUGGGAACGAACCCAUGUCUCAGGAUAUGACUGGUACCACGGAGUAUUCUGGCGAGAGGCGAAGGAGUAAAGGCUGGAGUGGCAUGAGCGUAUUUGGAAGGUCGUCGCAGACGCCAGCCCAGACGCAAGCAGCGGGUGCCCCCCGCCAAGCUCAGACACAUAGUGCUCCGAUCGCGCUUGACUCAAGCACCAAUUCCAACAUCAACGAGCCAACAGCAGCACAGCGGAUCGCGGCUGAACAUGCGACGCCCAAGGAUGCCAAGAAAGCAAAGAAAGAGGCGGAAAAGGCUGCCCGAGAGGCCGAAAAGGCGAAACGUCUGGCGCAAGAGAAGGCAGCUCGUGAUCGUGCGCGAGCCGUCAUGCAGAAGCGUAACCAGAUUUUAGCCUCUAGCAACAGCCGCGAGCAGGUAGAGUGGCUGGGUGAUGCCGUGACGCAAUCCAUGUCACCCAGCGACAAGGCGCGAGGCAAACAACCGCUGGGGGUGUCAGGAAUCACUUCCCCGACUUCCGGCGGACCGAGAGUCUCGGGUUCGGACUACAGUGGUGGACCUUCACCAAUGAGCUCAAACUUCGCGAACAAUUAUGGCACCCCACCGACCUCCAUGUAUCAGAACAGCUCGAUGAGUGCUGCUUGGCAGGCGAGGGAUGGCGAUGCUUCUUUCCGAGCCAAGGCCAGACGCAGAGAUGCGGACGACGAUCACUCUAUGAGCUCGUUGGAUGGUGCGAUGUCAGAUCCACGCCGGGGCUCCAUGGCGACAUUUACUUCGCAACGAAGUGAUCCUCUGUCGCAACGACCCCACCAUCCCGGAUCUGGACACCUUCACCGACAAGGAUCGGCCAUCUCAGUGGGAAGCGCACCAAGCCUUAUCGAUCAUCAGCCUGGCCGCUUCAUGACAUCACUCGAGUCAGCAAGACAGGCUGGGGACAAUCGUUCUUUGAGCUCGUUGGAGAAUCAAUUCGCUGGCGCAAAUUUGGCUGAAAUGCGCGCCAGAACACCAGGAAGUGCCUCGCCGGGACCGAAUAAUAUUGGAGCCACUCGGCGAUCUGUGAGCCGUGGCAGCGCACGUGGCUCCCUGCACAGAGCUGGAUCCGCUUCUCCUCUACAUCACACUGCUGCUCCCCGCUUCCAUCCGUAUGGGCCGACAGGAGGCACCACGUCUCCCUACAAUUUUUCUGCUCCGCCAUUGCCACCAAUAGCUGCUGGAAGCGGCAACAACGACUACAUCAGUUCUGGUGGAAGCGGCAGUGGUAGUACCCAUCCAGCCACACCUGGAAGACCAAGGAGUGGUAUGAGGCGGCGUUCGUCGAACAAUUUGCCAAGGGGGAUGUCGCGUGGAAGCGUAGGAUCGAGUCAUGGAGGUGUAGAGUUUCCGCCCUUCAACGUCGCUUCGAUUCAGCCUCAGGUGACGAUGCAAACUGGCGCGGGCGGUGUCAAUCCGAUGUUUCAAGUGGGCGCCAAGGGAGCCGGAGCGGCGUCGCAGCAACAUCAGCAGCUGCCUCCCUUCUCAGAGCUGGCUGCUGCAGCCGAUACACCGGACGAAUUCGACUCCUUCAAUCGCAGCAUGAUCGGUAGGGGAUUGCAACCGCAGCAGCAAGCUCCACAUCAGCAUCACCAUUCGUCGAGACAGUAG